CUCAAAGUGGGAGGUGAGGUGUUUAAAAUACUUAUUAUUAAUGCCCUGUUUUUAAACAAUUGUAUUUAUUGUUAAUACCAAAUUUAGAGAGAUGUUUGUUGUCGGCGCUGUUGGGAACACUUGACCUGGCAACCGCGGAAAGCGUGUUAUAAAAGAUUAGUAAGCAACAUGAUUUUUUGUGUGCCAAUUCCUUUACAAAAUUCACAUUUCUCGUAAUAAAACUAUAUCUCAACAACAUUUCAGUUUUCUGCAAGAGUUCAUUUAAUAAAAAAAAACUUGUGACCAUAUUAUUGUGAUACUUAUGAAACAUUCUCGUAACAUUUUGUAUUUGUUUACUGACAAAGGUUUUGCAAGCGAUUCUCGCCUUUACGAGCCAUUUGUUUAGAGCGACCGCUGGCAAUAGCGCUUUGUGUGCGUCCGGUUCCCUUCCCUUCUGCUCUCCUAUCGAUUCUUGGUUCGUCCAAUGGAGAGCUCGAUUCUUGGCUCGCGGGAGCGAACUUUUCUUACGACGUUGCCAUUUUAUGCUAAUUACUCACACAUAUUUAUUAAGAAUAAUAGCUUUAUCCCGUCCCUGUAACAUCGGCAACUCUGUGACAAUAUUGGAGGGCAAACGACGUUGCCAAAUGAAAACUCACAUUCUCGCAACGCAUACGUAAAUUUAUACUCUACAAUCACGAUUGUGCGACGUAGAAUAGCAGUAGGAUGAUUCUUUACUUGUGCAUUUUUAAUUUCUUUGCGUUGUCCAACAGAUGCUGUUAUCGAAUGUGGAAAAUAUAUCAUUUAACUGGUACAUAAAAUCCGCUCAAAUGUAAUUUGAAAUGAAACGUCUGCGAGUGGAUGAGACUGUAAAGGAAGUAAGUGAACCCCCUUUAGCAGGCAGUGGUAUUGGACAGGGCAGUACGCUCUAUCGGCAAACGCUGCCCAACAUAGUUACAGCAUCUUUGUCGUAUUCCACAAAUAGUUCCGCGAGUAACGUUAAAGUAGUGAGUGAAGGUAUGCAAUCAGGACUCUAUCCACCCGCACCGCCGGUCAGCUAUGGCCACUCUCUGCCUGCUGUCACAACUCCCCACUCUCUUAAACCGCCAACGAUGUCUAUCCCUGUUGGCGGACACUCGCAGCUGCGGACAGCAGGUGGUUCCCCAUCGGGUGCUGGACUGCAAGAAACUGCUCAGCAACAGCAGUCGCCCAGCACCAAUUUCCAAAGAUUAAAAGUCGAAGAUGCAUUAUCAUAUUUGGAUCUUGUUAAAUAUAAAUUUGGUUCAAAACCACAAGUGUACAACGACUUCUUAGAUAUUAUGAAAGAAUUCAAGAGCCAAAGUAUCGAUACUCCUGGUGUUAUUCAAAGGGUCUCAAAUUUAUUUAAAGGAUUUCCUGAGCUAAUAGUCGGCUUCAACACCUUCCUGCCACCUGGCUACAAGAUCGAAGUGCAACGUAAUGAUCAAGGUUAUGCUUUUCAAGUGUCCGUGAGUAUGCCUAGUCCAACUGGUACCAUAAAUUCGGGACCUCAGGAACACCGAUCUGCUAUGAUCUUCAAAGGUUCGGGAACUAUCAACGUCUCAGGACAGCAGCCUCCUCCAGGUCCGCCAACUGCACAACCGUUACCGUUGACGCAGCAUAUUCCUCCUGUAGCUCCACAAGCUCCACCCACACAACCACCUCCGCCGCAACCCGCUAUAGUUCAUCAUGCUCCUACGUACGGCAGCAAUGCUGCUGCUCCUCCGCUGUCUUACAGUUCUCUUUCCUUAUCAGCUGCCCAAGCUGCUGUAACUCAUGCACUACAAGGGCACACCGAUACCCCUCAGAAUCAACCUGUCGAAUUCAAUCACGCUAUUAACUACGUUAAUAAAAUUAAGAACCGUUUCCAAGGUCAGCCUGAAAAAUAUAAAAAAUUUCUGGAAAUUUUACAUACUUAUCAAAAAGAACAACGCACAUUGAAAGAGUCAACAAGUAUUGGAACUGGGAUCAAACACCUCACAGAGCAAGAGGUGUACAGUCAGGUGGCUAAACUUUUCGAAAAUCAAAGUGAUCUCCUGGCGGAAUUCGGACAAUUUUUACCAGAUGCAACCAGUCAUAUCAAUCAAGCACCUGUAUUGGAACAUUCUAAUUCUGUGAAAAAGACUCCUUCCAAACCGUAUCACAGGGACCACUUGCCCGAGAGGCACGGCGUCACACACAAACCAAGCCAUAUAUCUGGGAGCGCUGUCAAAAGAUCUCCACCUUAUUCUAGUUAUCAGCACCGCGAUGCACCUCCUCCAAAGAAGCAUAAAAUCUCAUCGACUUGUCGGGACGUUAGCCUGAGCGAAGCGGGAAAGUAUGGAACUCUAAAUGACUACGCAUUUUUUGAUAAGGUACGAAAGGCUGUGCGUUCUCAGGAAGUGUACAACAAUUUCCUUCGUUGCCUUACUCUCUUUAACCAAGAAAUCGUAUCGAAAUCGGAACUCAUCCAGAUAGUGACGCCGUUUCUUGGAAAAUUCCCGGAGUUGCUUCGUUGGUUCCGGGAAUUUAUGGGUCAGAAUGAAACCGAGGCUGUGCCUUUCAACGUAGCGAGGAAUGAACGCCCACAAGGCGAUCACGCCCUUGAAAUUGACCUCGCCACUGCCAAAAGGUUAGGCGCAAGUUAUUGCAUCAUUCCAAAGGCGCAAGAGGGACUGAAGUGUUCUGGUCGGACGCAACUCUGCAAAGAAGUGCUGAACGAUCAAUGGGUAUCAUUCCCAACGUGGUCUGAAGACAGUACAUUUGUCAGUUCAAGGAAGACGCAAUAUGAAGAGUAUAUGUAUCGUUGCGAAGAUGAACGUUUCGAACUCGACGUUGUAAUUGAAGUUAAUGCGUCCACCAUCAGAGUAUUGGAGGGAGUCAAUAAAAAACUUAGUCGGAUGAACCCCGACGACGUAGCGAAAUAUAAAUUAGAUGACUGUUUAGGUGGAAAUUCCCCCACUCUGCAUCAGAGAGCUAUAAAAAGUUGUUUUUUUAGGAUAUAUGGUGACAAAGCGCAAGACAUAAUCGACGGAUUGAAGAGGAAUCCCUCAGUAGCGGUGCCGGUCGUACUGAGGAGACUUAAAGCUAAAGAGGAAGAAUGGCGGGAGGCUCAAAAAGGUUUUAACAAAAUUUGGAGGGAGCAGAAUGAAAAAUACUAUUUGAAGAGUUUGGAUCAUCAGGGAAUUAAUUUUAAACAGACUGAUGUCAAAGCGUUGCGAUCAAAGAGUCUCUUCAAUGAGAUUGAAACUAUUUUUGAUGAGAGGCAUGAACAAAAUGAAGAAGGGGCUGAACCCAUAGUUGGGCCACACAUGGUACUAUCCUAUAAAGAUCGUACUAUAUUGGAUGAUGCAACCAAUUUGCUUAUCCAUCACGUUAAAAGGCAAACGGGUAUUCAAAAAGGUGAAAAAAGAAGAAUCAAACAUUUGUUGAGGCAGUUUGUGCCAGACUUAUUCUUCCAUCCGAGGCAACAACUGAGUGAUGAUGAAAGAGAAGAAGAUGAUGAUAAGGACGAUGAAGACAGUCCAAAUAGUUCGCCGAAAUCCGAAAAGGACGUUAAGAAGGACGGGAACAGUCCGGGAAAAUCUCCAGGAAGAGGUGAUAUUAGUCCGGGAAUUAAAUCAGAGCCUGAUUUAAAAGAGGAUGAACAGAAAGUUCCAUUACAUGCACAAGCUAGUGAUCCAGAUGAAUCUUACACUUUAUUCAUGGCCAACAAUAAUUGGUACAUAUUUUUGCGAUUGCACUCCAUUCUAUGUGAACGCCUGGCCAAGAUCUAUGAGCGAUCCGUGGUGCUGGCAUCAGACGAGGCUAAGCUGAAAUCAAAUCGUAAAGAGAGCACCGCCAUAGCUCUUAGACUCAAACCAAAGCCUCAAAUCGAAAUUGAAGAUUAUUAUCCCGCCUUCCUGGAUAUGGUGAAGAAUUUGCUGGACGGCAACAUGGAUGCCAACAUUUUCGAGGAUACCUUACGGGAGAUGUUUGGUAUUCACGCGUACGUCGCAUUUACGCUGGACAAAGUGGUUUCGUACGCGGUGCGGCAGUUACAACAUUGUGUUACGGAACGGACAGCGAUCGCGUGUACGGAUCUGUUUUUGAGAGAACAGAAGAAGGGAGCGGCUGGGGGACAGUGUGGCACUGCUUACAAAAGGGUCCACCAAGAAUUAGCUUAUCAACGGGCAGCUGAGAAAGCCGUCCAGGAGGAUAGUUGUUUUAAGAUAUUUAUUUAUAAAGAAGACUGCCGCAUGACCAUCGAAUUGCUUGACACAGAACCCGAAGACAACAAAAAGGCGGACGAAGCGAAAAAAUGGAGCAACUACAAGGAACGGUAUGUCGAUAUCACCUCCGAUUCGAAGCCCAGAUCUCCAGUAUACUUGGAUAGAAAUUUGAAGCUGUACCAAAGGAGGGUGGCAAAUAACUUCAAGAAUAAAAGGCAAAUUAGAAAUAACCAAUUGAAUCGCGAAGAAGAACAGAUGGCAGAAGAAAAGAAAAAUGAUGGAGAUAAUUUUAAUCUUUUGGAUGCCAUUGAGAGGAAGUUGAAUGAAAGGACCGGGCCUGAAAGGGAUAAUACCGAUCAUCCUGGAUACGAGGUCAACGACGAAACCGAGUGCAAGUUCAAUGUACAAGACUCCAAGAUUAUGUUCACUGUCACAAAAGAUAGCUAUUUGUACAAUAUAAGUGCCUUCCAUAGAGCGAGAAAAUCCCAUCCGCAGGUGACGAAGAAAAAAGCGAGCCGCUUCCGGCACUGGCUGAAACAGUGGGCCAUCGAGCACGUGAGUGACGGUCAAGUUAAGCAGUGUACAGACUGGUUAAUGGGUAGGUGUGAGGGCGUAGUGCCAAAUAGGACACGCGUACUAACGGAUAACGAUUUGUCAAGGACUCCUUAUGUGCCCUAUAACAGGUAUCGUGUUGAACGUUUAAGCUCAGACGACGCGUCAAGCGGCUGAGAAUCAAAAAUUUAAAGUCCCCAAUCUUGUGUUAUUUUUUUUUAUAUAUAUAUUAUCUGUUGUUUGUUACAGACAUUAAUCCGGUUCCUUAUGAAGGUGUAUAUUUUUAUGUGGUGUUGUGGCGGGGCUUUCGAUUUUUUAUUUAUUUAUAUUUUUGUCUCGUCACUUUUGGAUCUCGUAUUUGUGUGUAAGUGUUCAAAACCGGUAGUUGCGGUUGAAAAAAUAAAAUGUUUUUGUUCACAUUUUUUUUAUUGUGAAACGGAACAUUUUUUUAUUUGACUUACCCCUUUCAAUAUUUUCAAGAAUUAAAAGAUUAUUGGUGACAAUUUGUUGUCUUUAAAAUAAUGCAAUCCUUUCACGUAAGGAUACAGAUUGGUAUUUAAAGUAAAACAUUUUAUUUUAUUACAAAAUUAAAAAUGUUUCUAAAUAAUUAGAAGACAUAAAUUAACUUCAUUGCAUAAAGAGAAGUCUUAAGAGCAAACUGAACUACUUGAAAAUUUCCAAUUCCUUCCGAGCCCUUAUUUUUAUUCCGAUUUUUAGGAAAUACCAAUAAUAAGAAAACUUAUGGCCUUUAUUUUUUUGUAAACCAUCGAAAAGUAUUUAUUUUGAUAAUUUUUUAAAAGAACAAAACAUUUGUUCGCCAUUCUGUAUAAAAUUAUGAAAAUUUGCUGCUUUUUGUUUUAAUAAAUAUGUAGUAGUUUUUAAAUGGGAGAAUUUUUCACUUUUUUCUUAAUGUCUCUGCCUUAUUGUUGCACAAAUUAAAAUCUCUCAAUAUUCUUGAGACAACAUCGCGAAGUAUUCAUAGUGGCGCGCUUAUAAAUAUAAUUUUGUUAUUACUAAACUGAACUGACUUUGCGUUUAAGGAAGCAUUAUUUUCUGAGAUUAACUCUAAAAGAAGAAGCAUAACUAAAUUGCGUUUAAAAACGUGCACAACAACAAAGAAUUUCUUAUUGCAUAAAAAUACCUUUUUGGGAGUACAUUUCUUUAAAUAAACUGUAUUUGUAUUAGUGCACAGCAACAUAGUCUUCCAGUCAAUGUUAGAUAACAUAUUGACAUAUGAAUUUUUUUUUUCUACAUUUCACACUAACAAGAACUUGAAAUGUGAUUUUUUUGUGAUAUUUAUUUACAUAAUAUUUAUGAUAUAAAAAUGUCGAUUUCCCGAUACGAUGGAUAAGCCAAUAUAUAUUCCGAGUGGUGCAUACAUUUAGAUAAUAUUGAUGUAAGAGGGUAUGAAGAGUAUCCCAAAGAAUCGCUAAUUUUAUAAACAAAGACCACUAGAUGACUUUCUGAUAAUCUUAUACAAUGAGAAAAAAAACAUUGAGAAUUCUUUUUUAUUAUUGAUUUCUUAGAACACUAUUCUUAAUAAAAGUCCGCCCUUCGCCUAAAAUCGAAUAUUAACCUAAUAAUAGUAUUUCGUCCCGUUUUAUUGAAUAUCCUCGUAUAUGGUAAUUUUUUAUAUUGGAUUUUAGGCGAAACACUGUUCUAUUAAAAAUAAUUUUUUCUUAGUUAUCAAUAAUAACUACCAUUUUUCAUGUGUGAAAAAGUUAUUGCAUCUCAUUAUAUAAAGCAUAAAUACGUACUUCUACAGUAUUUUCCAUAAAAUGAUCUUACAGAGAAACUGGAUUUUCUUGAAAAGUUUCCUAAGCAUUUUUCUAUUAUUUGUUUUCAUAUUCGCUGUUUUCAUUGUUUGUGUUUAGUAUAUUAAAUUUCCUAAUAAAUAUGCCUUUCCAACUUUUGUUACAAAGACUUGUUAAUUGUUGUCCAGUCGAAUUAUUUGUUUUUACUAAAAUUUUCUUAUUUUAAGCUUUUUUGGCUAAUUUAUUCUUAUAGUGUGGACAAAAAGGCAACAUUGAAAUUUAAUUGUUUGAAAACAGUAGUUUUUUUAUUCAUUUAUAAUUUGUUACAUAUCUCAAAGAAUAUUUCUGUGUCAUGGUUUUAAGAGAGCAUGUUUUAAAAAUGGUAUAUUAAAUUUUAUUUAUUAAUUCACUUGUAAUUUGAAUGGACCUUUUAGAACUAUGUCACAAAACUAAUUUUUUCUUUAUCCAAUUAUUAAUAGAUACAUUUUUAAAUACUAUUUUUUUUUUAUUAUUAAAUUUUACAUUGGCGCUUUUAAGAUUCAAUACACAGAUUUUGAACAUUAAUUUUAUGACGUCAAGGUGUUUUUAUCGUUAUACAUUGCUUACUCUAAAUAUGAAUGAGUACGAGGGAUGGUGUUCAAUGCUGAAAAUGACAAACAAGUCAGUGCACGGUGGCCAAAAUAGAAUGCUACCAAAUAUGACUUAAAAUGUAGAAACUGAAAUAAUUUUUUAUCUUUAUUUAUAAAUCAAAACAAAAAUUAAAAAUUCAAAGAAAGUGUCACAGAAACGUCUAGCGACCGUUUCCAUCCUGAAAACUACUUUUUUUGGCUAAUACCGCAACAGUCAUUGUAUUAUAUGAAAAGGAAAAUAGCAAAAAAUAAUUUUUGACACUCUAACUUUGAUUUUGCUACAUAAGGAGAACGUCAUUCUUGGCAUCUUCUCUUGUUUCAUCUCAUCUUUCCUUGAAAAAAGGGAUGAAACAAGAAACUGCAGAGUUGCCAGGGAGCUUUUAAUACUAAAACAACAUUUGACUAUAACUAGGCAGAAUCUGCGCCUGAUCACAGACAUUCUGACUGGUCAUUUCCAAGGACGAAAGCAUCUCCAUAUCAUGGGGCUGUCAGAAUCCGUACUCUGUAGGGAGUGCAAACAAGAUGAGACCAUCGAGCACAUCCUCUACAAUUGCCCGAUGUUCUCAUUUAUUAGAAUAUUUGUGUUCUGUGAGUAUCGGCUAACACUGGCCGAUAUAAGAGAAGCACCUCUUGUCAACUACAUUAAACCUGUUGGCUGGUUCAUGAGAUAUUUAUAAAUUGUUACCGAAUUUAUUUGAGGAGUAUUACUUUAAGCAAGGAUUUUUCCUGUUCUAGACUCUGAAUUGUUUAAUGACGUUUUUCUCAAAAACGGCUAAAAUUAUCAAGUUGAAACAAGUAAUAAUUUUACAAAAUUGUAUUUUCUAGUCAAAAUUACCAAAAUAAUUACGAUCGAAUUUCAUCAUCAAGUGCCACUUGUUUGAUACCCCCUAUGACAACAUGUAAAAUAAUACAUAAAAUUAUAUUCCUUAUUUAAAGUAAUAUCACAAAUUUGCUAACAAUUUAUAAUGGUUAUAAAAUUAUUAAAAAAAAAAAUGAAAAUUAUUUCAACCACAUAUCUUCAAUUUAUGAAAUAUUUGUUGGUGCACAUUUUAUUAUUAAAAAUGUUAAAGGGGCUUCUACCAUUAACUUUAUUAAAAUAUAUAUUCAUGUUUUAAAUUAUGAAAUAUUUUUUCUACACUUAUAAUACAAAAUUUAACUUUCUCAACUAUUGUUGAUUUGAUAAUUCUGAUAACACAAAGUAAUGAUUUCCUUAUCAGGUAACACAUAAUUGUAAUUCCUUAUUAUUUUAAUAAAAUCAAUUGUGUCAUGAAAUGAAUUUAUAAGAGAGAGAGAUAGACAGCUGUCAUUUUAAUUUUAUGAAUUAUAAUAAAUUAAAAAUUGCUUAUAACCAUAGCAAAAGUAUAAUGUUCAACUCGCAAGGAAUGCUCAUUUCCUACUCCUAUGAUUUACAGUAUUAGCUGCAGGCAAAUGCUGUAAAUAUACUCCUGCAAUCCUUGCCUGUUAAACAAUAGACUAUUAUCCUUAUUUUAAUUAUCUUGCUUUUGUUUUAAUUGUUUUUUACUAUAGAGAACAAACAAAUCUUUAUACACCACAAUCAAUUAGGAUUUUAAAUUCCACCCUGUUUUCUGAUUGAGAUUUUUAAGAAUAUAAAUAUCUUUUUACAGUUCUGUUUUGGUUAUUGCAAUGUUGUAUACGAUAAAAACCACCGAAAAUCGCCGAAAAAAAAUUUUUAUAUUAAUUUUAAUCUGUAUAUCAAUUUAUUGUUAGUAGUUAUGUAUUCGUUGAAGAAAUGCUUUCGAACCGUUUCUCUUGCAUAGCAAUCUAUGGAUUAUACUCGUUGAAUAUUGAAUUUUUUUGUUUUGAACACUUACGUUUUUGUAAGAAAAAUCUUUGUCCGAUUACACCAUUGAUUUUUUUUAUGUUCAAAAGUAUUUUAUUAAUUUAUUUUGUGAAAAAGCCCUCGCAGUGAUACUAUUUUUUAUGUGUAUGUACCUUUAUUUAAGUAUCAAACUCAUAUGUACUUGUUCAGAUUUUUUUUUUAAUUAUAACUAAGGCAAGUUUUUCUCUUCUUGAUUGAGAUGUGCCUCGUUGGUCAAUCAAGUUUAUAAAGAAAUAAAUUACCUAUCUAAAUUUUUGUUUGUUUCUUUUCUUUUUGUAAUUUCAGGGAGAACGGUUGAAUUUGGGUUACUAAAGUUGAAUCUCUGUAAUACCGCAAGCAAUAAUAAAUGUCAUUAUUUAUGUGAUUAUGGGCCGAUCUUUUCACCUCUGAGUAAAGUUACAUGAAUGUUUACUUGAAAGAUUAACAAAUAAUAGCCCUAUAGUUUAAUCAGUAAGUAGUUACUUUCAACUUUAAUUAGAGGUGAAAAGACUGGCCCUAACAAAGUAAAACUUCCAACAUUAAUAUGACAAUCAAUUUAUAAAUCUUUUUAAAUUUUUAUGUAGCUAUUAAGUAGAAAUAGUAUAAAUUACAAUAAGUUUUCACUUAUUUUCAAUCUGGUAUUAUGAAAAUGAAAUUUUAAAAUUACCUUUAAUCUCACUUUUUUAUUAAUAUUUAUAACAUUUUCCAAAAUUAAUAGUUAAUGACUUUGAUGUUUUUCUUUCAUAUUUACUGUUUUUCAUUGAUCUGCUUCUCUUAGUCAUCAACAUACAUCCCUCCCUAGUAACUCUUAUAUUGUAGUAUUCUCCUCCUGCUUUGCUCCAUUCAUCACAGCAAUGUGUAUUUUGUUAAAAUCUUCGUGAAGAAGUUGGCCUUCAAUUUAUUCUAUUUCCACUCACCUGCCCCAAAAUAUUUCCACUACAUUCUCCGUUUUCUCUAAAUUUGCCUCAAUUUUUCUGUCCACUGAUCUCAACUGUUAUUUAAAUCAGUAUAAUGUGCUUCCGAAGUAUUAUUAAAUAAUGAAAAGUUUCACUGAUUAAGGGUCACCUACAAUAAUUGUGACUGCUAUUACUAAAGAGGACUUAAAAGGACUACCUUCGUAAAAAGUAUGUCAAAUCUUUUUUGCUAAUUUUCCACACAACAAAAUUAAUGAAUUAAUUCGGUGAUCCUAAAAUUAAAUGUUAUAAAAACAAAAUUAAGUACGGAAAUGCAUUAAAGACAAAUAGUUUUGAUAAAAAAAAAACUAAAACGACUGGACCGAUUUUCAUAAAAUUUUGGAAACUUAAACGCCGCAUCAUUGCAAACAACAGAAUUGAUUACAUAAUUUAAUCAAAAUCGGUUCCCCUAUUCCAGAAGUUCCAUAACACAGUAUCGGUUAUUGAACACUUUCUAAUAUGCCUUUGCACAUGUGUGUGUGAAAAUUACAGGUGAGCAGGAAACGAAUAAUGUCAGCAAUGCCAGUUUAUACGGCCUGGCUGCCAAUGUUACAACGCGGUCGGGUCGUAUAAACUGGUAACGCUGAUAUUCGUUUCCUGCUCACUCAAUGC